ACGUCCGGGAACAGGCAAAGUUAAAAGAAUAGCCGCGCGACCUCGCUCAUCACGCUCGCCGUGGCACAAGACGAUCAAGAACAGGAGUUGAGAUCUUUGGCUUCGAUCUCCUUUUCGUUCGCUUCUUGUUGUUUCCUGAGUAAGGUUGAAAAGAUGGUGCCGCAUGAAAGAUGAUCGCAUCAGUAACCAGAGAGCAGUUGUAGGUGAUCGAACCCUUCAGGUUGAACCUUGAGCAAUCGGAACAACGGGGUCUAACAACUUGUUGAAUUCUCUGUCACUGGUUCUUCUUCUGUCGCACAGCAGUUGCCUGAGUCCAAUAAUACUCAUAGCCUGCCUGAAAGUCAUCAGGGGGAGACAAACAAUGCGCAUAUUGUUUCUGUGUUCUGCUGAGCCACCGAUCAAACGAGCUGGUUUGCGUUGGAAGCAAGCAGGACGAGACUCAUAUAGAGGGAGUUGACCAGGAGUGUAUCGUUCUCAACAAUUUCACUGUUUCAGAGAUUCACUACAACUUUCCAAUGAGAAAUUCUUCUGAGCUAAGGCAGCUACUGAGGCGUCUGUGCCAAAAUACACAGUGGGAUUAUGCUGGGUUUUGGAAGCUUGAGCAGGACAAGAUGAUAUUGACUUGGGAGGAUGACUAUUUUAACGAGGAAAAAGAAAAGUAUAGAUUGGAGGAGACACACUCUUGUGAGUCUUCUUACAUUAAUCGUAGGGUGAUAUCUUUUGCUACUUCUGUGAAUGCUGAAGACCAGAGAUUUGCAAGCGAUCCAGUUAAGUUGGCUUUGGCAGAUAUGAAACGGCAUAAAUACUCGCUUGGCCAGGGGUUUGUAGGAGAAGCAGCACGUAGUCAGCAGCACUGUUGGCUCUUUUUUAGUGCAUCAAAAUCAAAAAUCCAACCAGAUAUAUUCAAGGAUUGGCAACUUCAGUUGGCAGCAAAAAUCAAGACUGUACUGCUUGUACCAGUUGACCACUAUGGAGUUGUGCAGCUGGGAUCAUUAGAAACGGUUGUUGAAGAUUCAGAAUUUGUACUGCACAUUAGAAACUCUUUUUAUACAUUUUAUCAUGGCUUGGGACCGCAUGAAUUUAUAGAUUCAGGCAUCAAUUGUUCACCCCUCUGGUCACCAGCUAUUGUGCCUCUGUUGGGAAACGGUUCGACAUCAAAUUUUGGUUCAUUUAAUACUGACCAGUCACAGCAGCUUUUGACUAUGGACCAGAACAUGUUAUCUAUUUUUCUGGUUGACCAUGAUUCUUCACAAAAGUUGAUGGACCACAUGCUAGGAACAGAUGCAAUAUUGGAUACAGAUGAAUACUCAGUUAAGGAAAGGUGCAACAGUGUGUGGUCCGGUUCCAUUGAAGGAGCACAGUUUUGUAAUCACCCAAAUAGCAUAACUGAAGGUGAAAUGUCUGAAUUUACCAUCACUCAAAAUGAGCAAAAAAUAGAGAGCAUUUUUCAAGGUUCACGCAAUGAGCCAGAGCUACACAAGGCACUGGGAAUGACUUAUGUGGAAGACUAUAAUAACUGUUUCUCUAACACUACACUUGGAAGUUCAGUUGCCGUCUCAAACUCUGGGGCAUCUGAAUAUCAUGACUAUAUAUUUGAUGAUGCUAGUGCAUGCUUUGUUACAGAAAGUGAGACAGAUCUGUUAGAUGCGGUGGUGAGCAGUUUACAGUUGUGCCCAGAUGAUAGCUCUAUUGGGGAAAAACUUUUCAGAUCACUUGGUAAUGAUUGUCUGGAGCUGUUUGAUUCUUGUUUGACAGAAAACAAAUGUGAAUCUAGUGUUUUGGAUCUGGGUAGCUUCUUGCCAACAAAUCAACAGGGGUCCCCAUCUCUAUCAAAAGCUGAAGGAUUUAUAAAUUCUCCAACUAAUUCAUGCAAGAGUUUUUGUAUGUCUACUACUGAGGACCAAAUUAAUCACAAGACUAAAGUACACAAUGGUCGAAAGUUGCCCGUAUUAAACAAAAGAGGUGCUCGAAAUGGCAACAACUACAAACAGAGACCAAGAGACAGGCAAUUAAUCCAAGACCGAGUUAAGGAAUUGCGCGGACUAAUUCCUAAUGGAUCAAAAUGCAGCAUUGAUACAUUGUUGGAUAGAACUGUAAGCCAUAUGCUAUUCUUAGAAAGUAUUUCCUCUCACGCUGAGAAAUUGAAACAGAAUUCACAUGAGGUUAAAAGAGAGGUUAAGAGUUCUGCUAAACCUGGGACCGAAUCCAGUGGGCCCAAAAAAGCCUGGGAACAGGGUACUGAACAAGAAAUUUGGCCCGUAGUUGUUGAAUACCUCAAUCAGCCAGGGCAAAUCCUUGUAGAGGUUCUGUGCAAUGACUAUGGGCUCUUUCUCGAGAUUGCCAACAUCAUCAGGCACCUAGAGCUGACUAUCCUGAAAGGAGUUCUGGAGAGUAGAUCAAAUGAGCUUUGGGCUCAUUUUGUCGUUGAGGUUUCCAGAGGCUUCCACAGGAUGCAUAUUCUUUGGCCAUUGAUGCAGCUAUUGCAGAGAAAUUAUGUAGCUGUUCCAAGGAAGUAGCAGCUGGGCGAAUGCAGCUUCUCAGAAACUAAGCGAUUAGUGAAGAAGAUCGAGGGAAAAAAAACUAAAUAGAAUGAAAAUAAAACAAUAAAACCUGAUCAUAACAACGCAACACUGUGAGAAACAUUGCAUCCCAACAAAAGUGAGCUGCAGUAUGCUACUGCAUCUACCUGUUGAUCAAGUUCCCAUGCUGCAGUGUGCCUCCGAGUUCCUGUAGCUGGAUUCUUUGAUCUCUCUACCUCACUAAAUGGCAUGCCUUCUACUACCCAUCUUCUUCCAUGUGAUGAUCUGUGCAACAAACCCCCCCAGAUACAAUCACGUUUCAUGAACAUGCCACUGCAAAUAUUCCCUCUUAAUUCACAAAACUGUAGCACUUUAAAUUUCCUGCA